UGCACAGCUGGCUCAUCAUGCUUCCCUAACGCGGAUGAGUUGGCGUCUUUCAACUCCUCUGUCGGCGAACAGCUGUUUAAAAGCUCUCCAUAUGGAAGCGUCUGCUAUGAGGGCAGUUUUGAAGCUGCAGCCUGUUCAAAUUUGGUUGCGAACAAGGGGAUUGCUGGCUUCCGUGAGACACUACCAUUAGCUAUGAUGUUCGUUAAUAACGAAUUCGAUUCGGAGGGCAAUGGAUGUUUGAUCCCCGAUACUGUCCCUUCUGAGCCUCUUACUGAAGCCUGCGCACUUGGUGGCCUCCCCUCUUACUAUGUCAAUGCCACCACUCCCGAGGACAUCAGCUCAUCGGUCAAGUUCGCUGCCAAAUAUAACUUACGUCUCCGCGUUAAGAAUACGGGACAUGACUACACUGGCCGUAGCACAGAUCACGGCGCAUUCACCAUCCGCACAAGUAACUUCCGGGGUUUGGAGCUCAUUGAUGACUUCAUACCAAAUGGAUGCCCCAAGUCUGUCCACCGAACCUCGGUUCUCGCUGGUGGCGCUGGUGUUGUUGCCCGAGACAUUUACAAUGUGUCAGCCGGCCUGGGAAUCAUAACCACAGGCGGUUACUCUAGCAGCGUUGGUGUCAAUGGUGGCUUCGUACAAGGUGGUGGAGCUGCUGGGCCAUGGCAGCCUCUCUUCGGCAUGGGUGCAGACAAUGUCCUGCAGUAUGAUGUGGUGCUAACAGACGGUACUAUCACCGUAGCCAACGACUGCGUGAAUAGUGACCUCUUCUGGGCAAUGCGCGGUGGUGGUGGUGUCUUUGCAAUAGCUACCAAGGUCUACCUUGAGGCCCACGCAGCCUUCCAAGCAGUGAAUGUAGUCGCU